UACUGUCAUCUUUACCGUGCACUCCUUGAUGAGGGGUGAGUCAUCGAAGUGGUCCCAUCACCUUCAUCGUCGUCAUCAACAUGCGUCAUACAGCGAAACCUGCAAACAUGAUCGGUAUUUACUCCAUGCAUGAUUUAUUGCUGUAUUGAGAUUCCCGUGUGCGUUAUAGAACAUGCAUACCUGUGUGUGUGUGUGUGUGUGUGUGUGUGUGUGUGUCUGGUGUGAGGUAUCGCUUCGGCACGUGUCAGUUAAGGGUGUUGUGCAUCGCUUCCAGUCACCAGUGGCGUGAGGCAGCAGCCCUCGCUCCAUCGAUUCGUUAAUGGCGUGGUGGUGGUGGUGCCUGCUGGUCACAGCCAGUGCUGCGCCGCGAGUCACGCUGGGCAGUGUGCGUCGUGAGUCGUGAGUCCAGAGUGCCCCGUGAGUACCCCGCCCCCCCGGUCCCCCUGGUGGCGUCUGUCCCCCCCUUCCACUCGUAGGUAUGCUGCCUGGGAUGGUGGCACACACAGCCCAGUGAGCCCACGGCCCCGCAGAGCCUCGCCCCCCUGUGACUUUGUGUUCGGCGAGGGCGCAAGGCUGCGAGGCGCGUCCCCACACGGCCGCCUGACGCAUGUGGCCAGCAGGUGCGAGCCCUCCGUGAUCGAUACGCGUUACACCUGCCGCGUCCUGUCCGAGGGUGCAUCGCAGGGGGUCUGCCCGACCCCCUGGGUGCGCGGGGCUCCACAUGCCCCGGCCCGCCCCGCCCGCGUCCCCCAUGCAAGGAUGGCUCCGUGCCCCAUUGGAAGGCGGGGUCGCCGCCGCCUCUGGCACACCAAGACAGACAAGGACACUUCACGGCAGGAGGCUCCUUCCACGCGCGGCUCGGUGCGGGGCGUCUUCUGGCCUCGUGGGGCGUGGGUGUGGGCGUGGGCUACCCUGACACUGGUGGCGGCCCCUGCGCACGCCAAGUACGUGGAGGGCUUCCUCAAGACCUCUGAGGUGGGCACCCCGCCGCGUCUGUCCCCACCGUGCCCUUGCUUAACACAUACUGAAGACGCCCUUCCUGUAUGCCUCGCCGGCCCGCCCAGCACUAACCCUCCUCUCCCCCUGCAGCGGUGGGCAUAUCUGGCGCGGUUCUGCUUCCUCUCGCAUGACGGCGCCUUCUCCUUCGAGGUGGAGUACGACAUGCGGUUCGCCACGCAGCGCCUCUUGCUGUACUACGACGCCCCGGACCAGUGGCCAGCGGUCUACGGCAGCACGAAGACCUGCGAGGAACGCGAGGCCGCCCUCCUCCCAAACAACAACCAGCGGAUCAACCUGACGCGGCCCUCCUUCCUAGCGGACUGCCGCGUCGAGAACCAGGCCGGCGAUCUCUCCCGCUACGUCUGCCACGGCAAGAACCACUUCACCAGCGCAAGGGAGCGGUGGUGGUUCAUCGCGGCCAGCAACUGUGAGAGCACGCAGGGUCUGGAGCUGAGUUACAGGCUGACCAUGACCAACGGAUACUCCUACUGGUACAAACACUUCUCAGCUGACGAGUUCUAUAUCCUGAGAACAGAUUUAUCGGCUCUGGUGCUUCAGCUUGGCGUCAUGUUCCUUUCCCUCCUCUCCUCAGCCGAACUCAAGAAACGCGAGCUACUACACACGACCUACAACCUCUACCUGGCGGCUGUGAUAACGCAGGUGUUCGCCCUCACCUUCCUCACGCUGCACUACGCUAACUACGGCUUCAACGGCGUCGGCUUCCCCUUCAGCAGACUCGUGGGGCGGGUGCUGCAUACGGGAAGCACGGUGGUGAUGGUGCUGCUGCUGUUGCUGGCCGCCAAGGGGUUCAACAUCACACGCGGGCGGCUCAGACAGAACUCCGCCAUUCGACUCACCGCCUUCAUGUGCAUCUAUAUCGUCACCUGUCUCGGCCUCUUCAUCUACGAGCAGAAUGUGUUUGACCCCGGUGAGGUCCUGUACCUGUACGAGUCGCCGGCGGGAUACGGGCUGGUGGCUCUGAGGAUGCUAGCGUGGGUCAUGUUCCUCUAUUCCUGCUUCUUCACCGUCAAACACUACCCCGAGAAGAACGGCUUUUAUGGGCCUUUCUUCACCUUCUACUCCCUGUGGUUCCUGGCGGGCCCUGUGGUCAUCAUCAUCAAUAACCACGUGAUCGACAAGUGGGUCAGAGAGAAGGUGGUCAACGGCGUCGAUUUGGCCAUUACGCUUCUUGGACAUGUCUUUUUCCUGAUUCUGACCCGCCCCAGCGCCGCCAAUCGGAACUUCCCAUAUCACGUUCGCACGGCUCAGGUCAGGGCGUUGGAGCAAUCAUCGACGGGCGUGGUGGGGAAUAAUACCAUAGACGCCUUCUCCGCCCACCGCUACGCCCCUGACCUGACCGAACAACGCACACACGCAGCCCCCGACCUAUUCCUUGUGUCCGGGGCCGUGGAGAUGAUCCCGCUGCCCACGCCCAAGAGCAUACUUCAACAGGACGUCAGCUACCCACACCACCCCGCCGGAGCCUCCCCACCCCUGAAGGAGACUAAUUAUAACCCUUCGGCGCCGCCCCUGACCCUGACCGCCCGUGAUCCCCGCCCCUGAACACACACACACACACACACACGGGAAGGGAAGUUACGGAUAUGAAUUAAUGAAGUCACAAGAGAAAGGUGAGAAAAGGGAAAACUGUCUUAUUGGUACAAAAAAUUUCAGUUUCACCAUACAAAUAUAAAUAAUUAGACUAUUAGAAUUCGUGGAGGCAAACUAUGUACGGGAAUAUCAAUAACACACACACACACACACACACACACACACACACACACGUCAAAACA